CCCCCAUUCCGUAGCCUUUCGUCGCCUUCCUUUGACAAGAUUCUCUACUCCGACUCCUCUCUCGCUCUCGAUUCGAUUAGAUCUCUUCACACCCAUCAAACAAAACCCCACAUUGAACCAACCAUGACGCUUGGCUCAGGAGGAUCGAGUGUCGUGGUGCCUCGAAACUUCAGAUUGCUGGAGGAGCUUGAGCGUGGAGAAAAAGGUAUUGGAGAUGGUACUGUAAGCUAUGGAAUGGAUGACGGAGAUGACAUUUACAUGCGCUCUUGGACUGGCACCAUUAUUGGUCCUCAUAAUACUGUACAUGAAGGUCGAAUCUAUCAGCUGAAGCUGUUCUGUGAUAAAGAUUAUCCUGAGAAGCCACCAAGUGUUCGUUUUCAUUCAAGGAUAAACAUGACUUGUGUUAACCAUGAAACUGGAGUGGUGGAACCAGAGAAGUUUGGUCUUCUUGCAAAUUGGCAGAGGGAGUAUACCAUGGAGGAUUUACUGACUCAGCUGAAAAAGGAGAUGGCAGCCCCACAUAACCGAAAGCUGGUCCAACCUCCUGAGGGUACUUACUUCUAGCUCUCAAGAUUUUAGAUGUCCUGGAUCUAAUCGCAUAUCCCGUACGCAAUAGUUUGUAAUGCUUGUUGAUCUUAAAGAAAAUAUUGGGGAAUGCCCCAAAAGCAUCUCCAAUUACCUUUCCUUGGCUUUGUUUUCAUUAUCUUUUCUUAUCAAACUAUGUUGAAGGGAUGCUGUUUGAUUAAUGGAACUUUAUCCGUGUCGAAUAUAAAAAAUGUCCUUUUGAUUAUUGUUUUA